AUGCCAAAGGCAACCACCGCUCUCGACGCUGCCGACUCUAAGAACACACUCUACUUGGUAAACAGCACAAAAACGCCAAGGGGGGCCAUCGCUCUCGGGAGGAUUCCAGUGACUGCUGCCACGCUUGAUUUGAAAUACCCAACAUCUUACUCCAGUUUCCCGCAAUGA